AAUAAUAAUUUCCAAAUCGUCGGUUCAUACACCUCCGCGACUCGGUUCCCCAAUCUCAAAUUCCCAAAUGUUUCACUGAGUCGACUCGACCUCCUCAUAUCCCAAAAAAUUUCUUGUUUGGGUUUUAAAGGCAAAACGAGAUUACAAUGGCACCAUCACGUAACAUAGUUGUAGCCACCGGUCUGGUUGUUUUCGCAUCUGCAGGCUUAGUAUUCCCCUUUUACAUGGCAUCGUCGAAACAGCCAGUGAUCGAUCCAACAAAACCGUUACCUCCUCAAGCAACGUUUAGAGGACCUUACAUAAACACUGGUUCACGCGAUGUUGGACCUGACCAUCGAACUUACCCAAAGAAAUGAUCCAAUCAAGUCAAGAUAAUCAAGCAGGUGUUUUCAUUGUGACCUCUAUACAUUCAUAUAGACAAUAUCGUUUUGAAGUUUGUGCUCGAAUCCAUGUAACUCGUUAUGCUUCAUGUAAACUAUCAGAAAUUAUUUUUAUAAACACCAGUCCAACCUAACCAUUGAAUGAAACUGAAGAAUCGGAUUUAAUAAACAGCUUAAGAACUUGUUUUGUAUUGUCA